AUGCACAACAGCACUGCCGAAACUCCGCAUAUAACUGGAACGUGUAAUGAGACUUUGUCCACACAGUCACCGAGCUCCGAGUUUUCACUGGGCGUGUUGGUGCUGCUGGCUUUCCUCAUGGUGUUGCUAGCUCUGGUCACCAUCCUUGGAAACAUCCUAGUGAUCCUUGCUUUCAUCAUGGACAGAAACCUCAGGCAUCGGAGUAACUAUUUCUUUCUCAAUCUUGCUAUUUCUGACUUUGCAGUAGGUGCAUUCUGCAUGCCUCUCUACAUCCCUUACAGCCUGACGGGGAAAUGGCACUUGGGAAGAGGCGUCUGCAAGCUCUGGCUAGUUAUGGACUAUCUCCUGUGCACAGCUUCAGUAUUUAACAUUGUUCUUAUCAGCUAUGACCGUUUCCUGUCAGUUACUAAAGCUGUAUCUUACAGAGCCCAGCAGGGAAUAACGUCCAACCCUGUCAUCAAGAUGGUGGCCAUCUGGGUCUUUGCCUUCCUCCUCUACUGCCCAGCAAUCUUCUUUUGGGAGCACGUGGCCGGACACAGCGUGGUAGCGGCGGAUCAGUGCUACGCCGAGUUCUUCAACAACUGGUACUUCCUCCUGUGCGCGUCCACCCUGGAGUUCUUUGUGCCGCUGCUCUCCGUGACCUACUUCAACGUGCGCAUCUUCCACAACAUCCAGAGGCGCCAGCAGCACGGCAGCACACAGGACUGUGAGCUUCCAAGGAGCAGCAGCCUGUCCUGGAGGUUUUGCCUCUCACUGAGGCAAGGACAGGACAUGAAAAUUGCGAAGUCGCUUGCCAUAAUUGUAUGUGUCUUUGCCAUUUGCUGGGCUCCAUACACUUUACUAAUGAUUAUUCGUGGGGCCUGCCAAGGAAAGUGCAUCCACAACUCCUUGUAUGAAAUAACCUUUUGGCUUUUGUGGCUCAAUUCCUCUCUGAAUCCAUUUCUCUAUCCUCUCUGUCAUGUUAAAUUUCGAAUGGCUUUCAUGAAAAUACUAUGUCCCAAAAAGUUUGCAACAUUGAGAUCAGGCUCUUUUUAG